AUGGCAGAUCUCGUCGAAUCAGUCCUGGCUGCCGAUGCCAAUUCCCAGAAUAUUGACAGGCCUGGCCAAUCUGUUCCGGACGGCGGCAACAAGUUUCAACACGCCAUUUCAGCAUGGAGAACCAUUGACUAUACCAACCUCGUUUCGAACCUCGACAACACCGCGUCCGAGAUUGUCGCAUACCAGAGAGACUCGACCGUCCAGCGCAAGGAGUUGGCGCAGAAGACCAAGGACUUCAGGAAGCUCGACGAUGCCACGAAGCUGUCUGAGGUCAAGGGGUUGUUGAAGGCAUACCAAACCUUCAUUGACCUCCUCACGAACCAUUCCAAGUCCAUCAACUCCGCCUUUCUUCAAGCGUACACGUCUUUAUCCGAUGCCCCCGACCCAUAUCCCCUUCUCGAGGCAUCCGUCGACUCUAUGCUCGUUUCCGAGGACACUCUGCCGAAAUUGACCGAAGAAAACCAGCAUCUGCAAAAGUCCGUCGCCAAGCUGACGACACAACUGGAGGAGACAGAAUCGAAGUUGCAGACCGAGUCUGCGGCCAAGAAGGAGCUUGAAAAUAGUCUGGAGACCAGGGUCAAGGAGGUCGAGGCUUCUUGGAUUGCCGUUCUCGAUGAGAAGAAGGACAACUGGGCGUCGAAGGAGAAGACGCUGGAAGAAAAGGUUGAAAACCAGGAACGCCUGCUCAAUGAGAUUAAGGCAAGCUACGAAGUCAACCAGCGAUUGGGCAAGACGGACGACGACGAUCAGGAAAGCCAGGCCCGCGUCACCAGCGCCGAGAUUGAGAUGCUUCACUCUGACCUGGACCGGACGAGUGCAAGGCUGGCAGAGAUUGAAGCACGAAACGAGCAGCUACGGCUGGAGUUGGCACAGGCCAAGUCUUCUGUGCCCGCUCAAACGCCAACAGCGCUGGAAGAUGAUCCGGGCUACAUGCGGAUGCGGUCUGAAAAUUCAUCCCUCAUUCGCAAACUUGAUGCGGCCCGAGUAGAGAAAGAAGGCCUCAAGCGUGAUCUCGACAGCAGGCUUCGCGGUCUGGAAAGGGAGGUUGGCCUGCUCAAGGAGGAAAGGGACAACCUUAAGGCCAAGGUCCAGAAGUGGAGCGACUAUGACGAUGUCAAACAGGAGCUUGAGGUGCUCAAGAGUAUCGAGUUCUCAACAGGCGACGACGAUGAUGUACGAGAGGCUGCCGAAAGCGCUGCUGAGGGUAAGGGCCAAGGCGACACGCUGGAGAAGCUGCUUCUUGCGCGUAACAAAAAGCUUGGCGACGAGCUCACCAUCCUGCGCGUCUCACAUCAGGACCUGCAAAGUAAGCUGUCCGACCUGCAGGAGGAGAUGUCAAGAACGAACAUGGACCUUGAGAAGUCGCAACAGUUGAACGAGCGACUGGAAAAUGACCUGGCCACUCUCCAGUCCGAGUCUUCCAACGCCUUCCCGUCGGGCGCGUCUGUAGCGGGCACGUUCAACCGGUACGCUCCCUCGGUGGCGCCGGGUCGAAGAGGAGGAGGGGGCGGGCGGGUGUCGCCAACAUCAUCCAUCAUUAGCGGGAUCAACCCCCGCACAGUCGGCGAGGAGCCGAUGGGCGGUGGCUCGGGCAUACUUCCAAUGAUUACGGCCCAGCGCGACCGAUUCAAGAAGAGGAUAGCCCAGUUGGAGGGUGAGUUGUCGGACAGCCACCGCACCGUUUCGCAGCUGCGACAGGAGGUGUCGGCACUCCAAAAGGACAAUCUCAAUCUGUAUGAGAAGACGAGGUACGUCUCGACGUACAACAGAGCCGGCCCGUCAGCGACGUCGUCGUCGGCGGCAUACUCAUCAAACCCCAACCCGUCAACGGUCUCAAUUGGAGGAACCGGGAACCCGGGCAUCACCAUGGACAGGUAUCGCAAGGCGUAUGAGUCGAACAUCUCGCCGUUUGCCGCCUUCCGAGGCCGCGAGUCGGCCAGGGCAUACAAGCGAAUGAGCUUCCCGGAGCGCGUGGUGUACUCGGUGACGCGGAUGGUGCUGGCUUCCCGGAUGAGCAGAAAUCUAUUCGCGGCGUACUGUGUCGCGUUGCAUCUGCUCGUCUUCUUUUCUCUGUACUGGCUCGGCAAUGUGGACGUAGAAAAGCACGCCAGCAACCUUGGAAAGUCGGCAGCAGCAGCCGCCGCCGCGGGCGCGGGAGGCGCCAACAGAGCCGGCGACGGCCAUGGCAACUGGCACGAAGAAGGAUUCAACGGGCACUAG